UAACCGGAGAUGACCAGCACGACCAUGGAAAGCUGGAAGACCAUGUUGGGCGAGUUCGUGGCGGGAUUGAAGAGUCGCAGCGACGACGUGCGCGAGAAGACGGCGCACCAGCUGCAACAAUACGUCGAUACGGAACUGCGAGAGAUGAACAUCGAUGAAUACGCUUCAUUCAUGAAUGAUCUCAACCACCAUAUCUUUGAGAUGGUCUCCGGAUCGGAGGUGCAUGAAAAGAAAGGCGGCGUGAUGGCAAUAAUGAGUCUCUUGGGUGUUGAUGGUGGGAGUUCGACGAAAGUCAAUCGUUUCGCAAACUACCUGAGGCACGUGUUGCCAUGCGGCGAUAUGAUAGCAAUGGAGAUGGCUGCGAAAACAGUCGGACAGCUCGCUCUCAGUGGAGGAACGUUCACAGCUGAGUACGUUGAGUUUGAGGUGAAACGAUCGUUGGAAGCAUUACAGGCAGACAGAAUUGAAGGACGAAGGCAUGCUGCUGUGCUGAUUCUGAGGGAGUUGGCUGUCAAUGCACCGACGUUGUUUUAUCAGAAAGUGCAGCCAUUUUUUGACAACAUCUUUACGGCAGUUAGAGACCCAAAGCAAGCUAUCAGAGAGGGUGCAGUUGCUGCUCUGCGUGCGUGUCUUGUUCUGACGUCUCAACGAGAAUCGAAAGACGUUCGUAGUUCUGUCUCUAGAAGAACUUGGUAUCAGCAAGCAUAUGAAGAGGCUGAGAAAGGUUUGUCAGAACAGAGAGAGAAGGGAUCGACUUUGUCGCGUGAUGAUCGCACGCAUGGCGCAUUGCUUAUCAUCAAUGAAUUGAUAUUAAACAGCAAUCUGGAAUCAGAGUUUUUGGAGUGGGAUGUUGAUGACAUUGAACUCCAGCAACAGAAACCAUAUCUGAAGGCAUUAGAAGAUCUCAGCAACUCGAACUCCAGACCCUACGAAAAGUUCCAUCAUCGACAGACAACGGGAAGCCAAUCAAGGUUGGAGAGGGGAUACAGUCAACUGUGCAGAGAGUUUAUGCUCAGCAAGUUUGGUGAAGUAAGACUGAAGUUGACCUGA